UGGCAAUUUCAUAAACUCAUGUUUAGCUUGACGCUACACAUUGAAAAGCUUUGUUGGGCGACAUCAUAGGUAGUGGAUAGAGAUGCCAAAGUCUAAGUCUCAAAGAGAAAAUUCCCGUGCUAAAUCUACAAGUCCAACAAAUUUCAAUAAACCAGCUUCUGGGAAAAGAAUCUUUUAUAUCAAUAUAGAUCAAGUAAAUGCUAAAGGAUUAUCCAAAGAGUAUCUAAAUGCACCUGUUUCUGCUUGGACAAGUCCAAGAAAAUUGAUUAAUUCGAUUCAGGUCGAAAACAUUUCAAAAGCUGGACCUGAACAAGCUCUGGAUCAUACAAGAGCUAGUUUGGAAAAUAUUGGAAACUCAAAUAACGUGCCUGACCAGUUGUUUAUAUACGCAGCAAAUUGCCAUAGAUACUCACUCAGCUCAAAGUUUUCCGAGGAAAAGGAAAAGUCGCGUAUUUUAUCUUCUAAGGCUAUGGAUUCUGCUUCUGGUGUUACAGACAAGACGCUUGACGUUUUGAAAGAGCCCACCUUGAGAGAAAUGGACAAUGGCAAAACUUAGUGCUGAUAUUAACAAUUCUUCCAAAUACGAACUAAAAUUAUGUUCUAGAGCAUCAUAAAGACAGUGCUAAUCAAAACCAAUUAACAAAUAAGGACGCUGCCGAAACUGGUGAUGUUAAUUUAAUGAGAUCUGCAAGGCUUAUCAAUCAUUCUCCCAAUCAGCCAAAACUAUCAACGAUACAUAUUGAAAACGUUCAAAACAGUUGCUUCAUUGCUAUUUCUAAUAUGCCGUUGAUUUUAAUGCUACCUUUUCUGUGGGAAGUCUUGAACAGUAAUCGUAGCUAAAGAAGACUCUUUCAUGGUUUUUGUUGAAGUUAAGUCUAUGA